UAGGAAUAGGAUACCUAUUACCUGCUAGCUACAUUUUGGUAAAUUAGGGUAUUGGACUUCGGUAUUUGGUAAAAUGUCUGUUUCAUCUGCUACUAAACUUUUAAAUGGAGUUCGUGUUCUUGACAUGUCACGAAUUCUUGCUGGACCCUUUGCUUCCAUGAUCUUAGGAGAUAUGGGAGCAGAGAUUGUUAAAAUCGAACAUCCGGAAGUUGGGGAUGGAACAAGGGAGUGGGGUCCUCCGUUCCUGGGAUCUGAGAGCGCUUAUUUUAUUUCAAUUAAUCGUAACAAGAAAAGCGUUGGUGUUAAUAUAAAACAUGAAAAAGGGGCGGACAUUAUAAAGAAAUUAGUGAAGAAGAGUGAUGUACUUAUGGAAAACUACAUCCCUGGACAGCUGGAUCGAAUGGGGUUUGGUUACGAGGAAAUAAAGCAGAUUAAUGAAAGUUUAGUAUAUUGUUCUAUUACUGGGUAUGGGUCUGAUGGGCCAUAUGCAACCAGGGCAGGGUAUGAUGUCAUUGCUUCUUCUGUUGCAGGACUGAACCACAUCACAGGUCCGGAAAAUGGCGACCCUUGUAGAGCAGGAGUCGCUAUGACUGACAUGUCAACUGGCUUGUUUGCUCAUGGGGCUAUACUUGCUGCUCUUCUACACAGAGAAAAGACCGGCCUGGGGCAAAAAAUUGAAUGUAAUCUUUUAUCUACACAAGUUUCUAUGCUGACUCAUGUCGCUUCCAGUUACUUAAACGCUGGUCUGGAAGCAAAAAGGUGGGGUACCGGUCAUGCCAGUAUUGUCCCUUACCAAUCAUUCAAAACAAAGGAUGGAAAAUUUCUCACAGUUGGUGCUGGCAACAACAAGCAUUUUGAAAAACUCUGUCAGCUUCUUAAGGUGGAAGAUUUGAUCACAAAUAAUAAAUUCAGGGACAACAAAGACAGGGUAGUUAACAGAGUUGAACUUAUUGGGAUUCUGUCUGAAAUAUUCCAAGCAAAAACCAUGGAAGAUUGGUUAGUGAUAUUGGAAGAUUGUGGGUUCCCAUACGGACCUAUCAACAACAUGGAAGAAACCUUUAAUGAUCCUCAGGUCCUCCACAAUAAAAUGAUCAUGGAAAUGGAUCAUCCAGCAUGUGGAAGAAACAUCCGGAUCCCUGCUCCUCCGGUUCGAUACAGCUCCCACUCUUACUUGGAUGCGACUUCACCUCCUACACUUGGCCAACACACGAGGGAGGUGUUGAGCAACCUCGUCGAUUUCACAGAUGAGCAAAUUGAUGAAUUAGUUGCAUCUGGUGUUGUGAAAUAAAACAUGCAGUUCAUGAUAUACGUAAUACUCAUACUUAUAAUUUAUAGAGUUUAAACAAAUUACCCUAUGCUUUAAAUGUAUUUAGCCUUUUAAUCUUUAUUUUUAUAUGGUAAAUUUUAGCUAUGCAAUCUUUUUGUUAAUUCUGUUUUAUAAUUUAUGUUUAUUGCAUUGGUACUUGACUUGUGCAAUCUAGUAGUGUCAUCAAAAAUCAAAAUAUUGUUCUGCAUUUAGUGUAAUGUGUUUGACAUUAUAGAAGCUUAAACUUUACAUUGCUUACAG